AUGGCCGCUGUGGAAUCAAUGUCAUGCAGCGCAAGCGAUUUGGCGGAAGCUGUUCAGGACCCAGAUCAGAUUGUUCGCCUUUUAUGUCAAAAGUUUUCAGAACUUAUGGACCGUGUACGGGUCGCAGAAGCUCGUCACACAGAAGUUCGCACCAGAUCGGUCGCCUUGCAGCAAGAAGUGCGAGAGCGUGCAAGCGCACGACAGGCCACAGCUUGUGCACAACUUGAGCUCUUCUUGGUGAAUGUACGAGGGAUGUCAGUGAUAAGCCACCGUUACAAGUCGAUGCAGAACGCACUGCGGACACAGCUGGCAGAGGCUGUCGGACAAAUGUGGAGGCUGAAGCAGCGCAGCAGCGGCUUAAAGAAGCAAGGCCUGGAGGCCGGCACAGACUUCGUGGCAACUGAAGUAACGCGAGCCAAAGAGGCCGCUCUAGCGACCAACAUGGAUUGUGAGCGGCUUAGCUCGCAGUGCCGGGAGGAACAGAAGACCUUGCAGGAGACCGCGGACCAAAUCCAGGAAGAGGAAGCAUGGUACUCCAGGUGUGAGCGUGAGCGGCAGCGGCUUCGGGCUGAAGUGGAGGCCGUGAUGCAACGGAUAUCCUCGCAAGAAGAGGACUUGGCCGCAGGUUACGAGCGUGACCAAGCCCGCCGAGCUGGCUUGCGCGAACUAGAGACGAGGUUGGCAGAUGCAGGCCGCCAGCGGCAGGUGGUGGAGAAGCGAGUGCAGACCAUGGAGGAGGAGCUGGUCAGCGCUCAGAAGCAGGUCAGCCUGUACCAGGAGCGUCUGGAAAGCCUUCAGCAGAAGCUGCUGUCGGCGGAGGAGGAGCUGCAGCAGGAGAAGCUUGGCCUGGAAGCCCGCAGCCGAGAGAGGCUUCUGUUGGAGCAGCAGGAGGCCGUGGCGAGGGAGGGCCUCGAGAAGCUUCGAUCUCUGAAGGUGCAGCUGGAGGAGGCCCUGAAAGAGAAUGUCGAGGCUCACAGCCAGCUGAAGGCCGCGACGUUGGCGCAGCAGGCGUCCGAGGAGCUCUACGCGGCUCUCGAUGCGAGGCACAAGGAGGCACUGACCCGCCUCUCGAGCGCCGCCGAGGGCACUGCGGCAGCCACGGCGGACCUGGAGCGUUGGCAGCAGCGCCUGCAGGGUAUCGGUGAUUCUGUCCGCCAGCAGAGGUGCGUUCUGCAGGAACUCGAGGAGAGCAGCAAGGGUGCGAAUACCGUGAGCCUUUCUCUCCAGGAGGAGUUGCAGCGCGUCUUCGUCAUUACCGAAAAGCUCCGUCAAGAGCGGGAGGAGGUUACCACCGUGACGGCCGACAUCCAGUCCAAGCUUCGCGCCGCCGAGUCCUCCUUGGAUGCCGCGAGGCGGCGGACGAGGGAGCUGGAGGCCCAUGUGGAGGAUGCACAAAGCGAGACGCUGCGUGCCCGCCAGCAGAAGGAAAGCUUGUUGCUGGAGGUCCAGCAGAGCCGCGAGAAGAUGCGUGGGCUCCGCAAAAGACAUACGAUGCUGGUUGAGAAGGUGCAACAUGCGGAGAAGAGGCUACUGCGCGUCCCUGCAGCGGUUGAGGAGACUCAGGCGUCCCAAGAUGUCGAUCUGGAGCAGCUUAAGAAGCAGCACAAAAACGCCUGUGAACGCGCCAAGAAGCUCGCAACAAAGAUGGGUGGGGCUGAUGACAAGAAGUCAGCAGACUUUGAUUCCGACAUCCUUCUGUUGACUUGUUUUCGGUGCCUGCAUCGCUACUACGAUCCGUCGCCGAAGACACAUCUUGGCAAGCGGGAAGAGUGGCCUGUUGUCGCAUUGGGAGCUGUUUGGCUGAGUGGCAAGAUCACCAACCUGCCGAAGCGUGCGAAGAUCAUGACAAAGCUGCAUGAUGGUGUCGCAAAUGAACGCAAUCCCGAUGCUCUUAUGCAAGACUCAACCGAAAAGGAUCACGACCAGCUUGUCGCCCGCAUGCUCGGGGUGGAGUCGCAGAUGCUUUAUCUUCUCGGCUUCAACUUCGCCUGCGAGCAAUGGUCUCCAAAGCCAAAGCUGCAGAAGAAAGUGCAUCGACUGGUUGAGUACCUGUUCUCUCUGCCUGCAUGGCAGAAUGCUACUAGAACGCCCCAGCAAAAAUCCCGAGAUGCCGGAAGGAAGCUCAUUCUGGCAAACGCACUUCGUUUUUACAUGCAGCUGGCAGAGACGAAAGACAUUGGGGACGUCAAUACCCACCUCCUUGAUGCGGUUAUGGUCAUGGCGUACAAAUUCUACAUAAAAGGCGCCGAGUUCGCAGAGAAUAGUGACGUGUUCGACCUUGUGGUGCGCAGCCAAUCGGACGGCGACCCGGCGAGCUUGGUCUCGGAAGGCUCUCCGAGGGACUCCGAGGCCACGCCCAGGUCGGAUGCGAAAGAGGAGGAGGACCAGAAGGAGGCUCAGAAGGCAGACGGCGAAGCCGUCGCUAAGAGUGAGAAGGUCAAGCUCCGACUGACCAGAGAGACCGAUGUAAAAGACCCGAAGGAUGCCAAGCGGGACAGACCUGAGGAGGAUGCGGCGACUAACCGGGAAGUCAAAUGUAGGAGAACGGAUAGGAACAAGGCGCUCAUCAAAGAGAAGAUGGAGAUGGUGGUGGCCCCUGCCCCACCACGAACUCCAGAAGAGCAGAAAGAGGUUGCCGCCACCCCGGUCGCCACUGUAGAGGCGGAGAGCCUCGCCUACCUGAGGCAAUGGGUGGAGCUGGAAGAGGCGCGCCUCGGUGUGGCCCGGACACCUCCGAAGUCUGGCGCUAGGCCCUCCGCAAGUGCGACGUCCGGAGCUUGGCUCGCCGUGCUCGGGUCAGGCUUGCGGUUUUAUCUGGGAGCGCUGGCAGCACUUAGUGCCGGCGCCGACACGCGACAGGUAUUGGCACUCUUCGACAAUCCGCCAGUGCCUUCGACGGAGUGCAACAGAGCUAGCAUUUGUGGUUUGCUGAAAUACCAGCACGGUCCGGCGAUCAGCAUGCAGAAUGGAAGGCAAGAGUCGUUUUUUUCAAACAAGAUGGAAAAUUUCCUUUCCGAUGCGCGGAAAGAAGAGCAGGAGCGGCGGAGGGUAGCCAUGGAGGAGGCUGUGCGUCAGGCGAAGCUUGGGACAGCAGCACGAAAUGCAAGCCCAGAGGCGCCGCCUGUGCGAUCGCCUGUGCGAUCCGUAACUGGUGGCAACUCGCUGCCCGGCCAUCCAGCCGUGAGCAAGGCCGAGAACAUCUUGGCAUCCCACACGCACACAUUGCAGAUUCACAUCCCAAAGGUUGCUGCAAUGCCCGUUGCGACAGAGGCUGCGAUAUCUAAGCAUCCUGGACAUAUGCAGCGCGUCGCCAUGGUGCCCGCUUCGCAGGUGCUGGUUGAGCCAGCUAGGCUGACCACCACCGGCCUGACUUCGGAGUUGAGACCGCAUGACUUGUUGAAAGUUCUCAAUCCAAAGCCGGAGCCCUUCCACAUUGAGAUUGAGGCACAGGAACAGUCUUUGCUGCUGGCUCGACGCAGCUGCUGUUUCUGGGACUGCCAAGGCGAAGGCCUCCAGCAGUGA